AUUAUUAUUUGUUCAUCAACAUGUAAUGGUUAAUAAUGUGAAUUCAAACAUUAUCACAAGUCUUCAUCAAGGCAUUCCAAUAAAGAGAUUAAGCGCCAAAACUAUUUAUCAAUUCUUUCAUCAAUAGAUGGCAGUUUUGUUUACCGCUCUUCCAUUCAUCUGGUUUCAGAGGGCUUUGUACUUUCUUUGUUAUUAGAUUGUAAUUUACAAAACUGUCGUAAUUCACAAUAAUCAAUUUAGUUUUGUUCAACUUUUGUGAUUACUGUCAUAUUAUUAAAUUGUGGUUCCAAAGAUGGGAAAAUCCACUAAAAAGAAUAACAAUGAUGCUGUUAAAGAAGAAGAACCAGUGAAAACCCAAAUGGAAACCGAAGAAGAACAAGAAAAGAGUGAAUCUAAUCAAGCUGAUGCUGAAGAGGAAUACGCGCCAGAAGAAGAAGGCGAAAAAGAAGCUGAUGGUGAAGGUGAAGGCGAAGUUGAAGCUGAAGCUGAAGUUGAUAGUGAAAAUGCAGCUGAAGAUACAGUUGAAGAAAAGGUUGAAACUGCACCAGCUAAACCUCCAGGAAAACUUGCAGUCAAUUAUGAGGGUCAAGUCACCGAAGAUCGAUCGAAAAGAUUUGAGUAUCUUCUACAACAAACUGAAAUUUUCGCUCAUUUCAUGACAUCCGGUGUUAAACCUGGGGAACAAAAAGCAAAACCUGGACGUAAACCUAAACCAAAAGAACCAAAAGAACCUGAAAAACUAGAAGAAUCUAAGUUCGAAGUGAAUGACCACCGUCAUCGAAAAACUGAACAAGAGGAAGAUGAAGAAUUACUUAGUGAAGUCAAGAAAGAUGUCAAUUAUUUUAGAUUUGAGGAAAGCCCUAAAUAUAUUAAAGGGGGAACUCUUCGAGACUAUCAAAUCAGAGGUCUCAACUGGAUGAUUUCUUUAUUUGAAAAUGGUAUCAAUGGUAUUUUGGCUGAUGAAAUGGGUUUGGGAAAAACUCUACAGACCAUUAGCUUGUUGGGUUACAUGAAACAUUACAAGAAUAUUCCCGGUCCUCACUUGGUUAUCGCUCCCAAAUCGACUUUGACCAAUUGGAUGAAUGAGUUUAAGAGAUGGUGUCCUUCUCUAAACGCUGUCUGUCUUAUUGGUGAUGCCGCAACACGGUCAACUCUUAUUAGGGAUACACUCCUGGGAAACCAAAAGGAAUGGGAUGUGUGUGUGACGUCUUAUGAAAUGAUUAUUCGAGAAAAAUCUGUUCUCAAAAAGUUCAACUGGAGAUAUAUGGUUAUUGAUGAAGCUCACAGAAUCAAAAAUGAGAAAAGUAAGCUCUCAGAGUUUAUUCGAGAAUUCAAAACUACAAACCGUCUUCUGUUAACUGGUACUCCAUUACAAAAUAAUUUACACGAGCUAUGGGCUCUACUCAACUUUUUGUUACCUGAUUUUUUCAACUCUUCUGAGGAUUUCGAUGCAUGGUUCAACACUAGUAAUCUGGUUGAAGGAGAUGACGGAAUUAUUAAUCGUUUACACGCAAUCCUUCGACCUUUUCUUUUAAGAAGAUUGAAAAGUGAGGUCGAAAAACGGCUACCUCCUAAAAAAGAGAUCAAGAUUUAUGUCGGCUUGAGUAAAAUGCAACGCGAUUGGUACACAAAAAUUCUGAUGAAAGAUAUUGACAUUGUGAAUGGUGCUGGUAAAAUGGAUAAAAUGAGGCUGUUAAACAUUUUGAUGCAGUUGAGAAAAUGUUGCAAUCAUCCAUACUUAUUUGACGGAGCUGAACCAGGACCACCUUACACUACAGAUCAACAUAUAGUCGAUAAUUGUGGUAAAAUGUGUAUAUUAGAUAAACUUCUACCUAAACUGAUGGAACAAGGCUCCCGCGUUCUUGUUUUCAGUCAAAUGACUCGCAUGUUAGACAUUUUAGAAGAUUACUGUCUUUGGCGAGGCUUCAAUUAUUGUCGUUUGGAUGGUCAAACUGCUCAUGAAGACAGAGAACAAGCUAUCUACGAGUUCAACAAACCUGACAGUGAAAAAUUUCUAUUCAUGUUAAGUACCAGAGCUGGCGGUCUUGGUAUCAACCUAGCUACUGCAGAUGUAGUUAUCUUGUUCGAUUCUGAUUGGAAUCCUCAAGUCGAUCUUCAAGCUAUGGAUCGAGCUCAUCGUAUCGGUCAAACAAAAACUGUAAGAGUUUUUCGCAUGAUUACGGACAAUACCGUUGAAGAAAGAAUUGUAGAAAGAGCCGAGAUAAAACUUAGAUUAGAUACUGUGGUCAUCCAACAAGGACGUUUAGCUGAAGCAGGCUCUAAUAAGCUUGCUAAGGAAGAAAUGUUGGGAAUGAUUAGACAUGGUGCUGAUCAUAUUUUUGCGUCUAAAGACAGUGAUAUUACUGAUGAAGACAUUGAUAAUAUUUUAAAGAAAAGUGAAGAAAGAACUGAACAAAUCAAGGCAAAAUUGGAAGAACUUGGUGAAAGUAGCUUACGUAAUUUCACUCUCGAUGCGCCUGAUUGUAGUGUUUACAAAUUUGAAGGAGAAGAUUAUCGAGAUAAGCAAAAGAUGACAGCUUUAAAUUGGAUUGAACCACCAAAGAGAGAAAGAAAAGCUAAUUAUGCGGUUGAUGCUUACUUUAGAGAAGCAUUGCGUGUUAGUGAGCCUCGUGCUCCAAAAGCUCCUAGACCUCCAAAACAGCCCAAUGUGCAAGAUUUCCAAUUUUUCCCUCCAAGACUUUUCGAAUUGUUGGAUAAAGAAAUUUAUUAUUACCGUAAAACUCUAGGAUAUAAAGUACCAAAAAACCCUGAAUUAGGAAGUGAUGCUGCAAAAAUCCAAAGAGAAGAACAGCGAAAGAUCGAUGAAAGUGAACCUCUAACUGAAGAUGAAAUAGCAGAGAAAGAAGAUUUGUUGACACAAGGAUUCACAAAUUGGACUCGUCGUGACUUCAAUCAAUUUAUAAAAGCUAAUGAAAAAUAUGGAAGAGAUGAUCUUGAUAGUAUUGCUAAAGAAGUAGAAGGUAAAACUCCUGAUGAAGUCAUGGAAUAUGCCAAUGUUUUCUGGGAUCGAUGUCAUGAAUUGACUGAUUGUGAUCGCAUACUGGCUCAAAUUGAAAAAGGAGAGCAGCGAAUCCAGAGAAGGCAAGAUAUUAAAAGAGCAUUAGAUGCUAAAAUGUCCCGGUACCGAGCACCAUUCCACCAAUUGAGAAUAGCUUACGGUACAAAUAAAGGUAAAAACUAUAUUGAAGAGGAGGAUAGAUUUCUCAUCUGUAUGCUUCAUAAACUUGGAUUUGACCGAGAAAUGGUUUAUGAAGAAUUGAAAUCAUCCAUUCGAAAUGCUCCACAGUUUAGAUUCGAUUAUUUCAUCAAAAGUAGAACCGCGCCAGAACUUCAAAGAAGGUGUAACACUUUAAUUACUUUAAUAGAACGUGAAAAUCAAGAAAUUGAAGAAAAAGAAAGAUCUACAAAGAAGAAACCUGGUCCAAAACCAGGAUUACCCAGAGGAUCUAGUAAACGACCUGCCGUAACAAAUGACAGUAAAAAUAAGAAAAGAAAAAAGUAAUUACCCAACCAUCACUAUUAUGUUUUAAAACGUAAGAUCACACAUUUAAUCAUUGAGUUUCACUCUUUAGUCCAUCAACUGCAUCUAUCUUUUUUAUAAUUUACUUUAUCUUUAAUCUAUUGUCUCCAACAUUUCAAUACCCAUUUAAUUAAAUCUUGUAAUAAAUUUUGUCAUUAUAUCUUUA